AUAUCUUAGCUUUCUAUCUGAUUUUAAUUCCCACGCAUAAAUUUGUAUUACCUGGAGAUGGAAUAAAUUUGGGUUUUUUUUUUGUCACUUGUAUAAUUAGGAUUAUAUGUAUUCUCCACGAAAAAUGUCAUUGCAAGAUCAUGUUGUAAGUUUUGUGUGGAUUGUAAUCGUGUUAUUCGAUUGUGAAAACAACUCAUUGUUGAUCGCACGCAUGCCCCGGGGGCAAUUUUGUAAUCGAAUUUAUAGGCAGCUAUCCGUAUUGCAUUGUGGACUAUACUCGCAUCUACAAUAAGAGUAAAGAGCUACGAGAAUAAUAAUAGUAGCCGGUUUCAGAGAUGAGAUCAAACUUUGUAGGAAAUAAACGAUCAGGUACCUAAUAGUGUUUAAUUUAAUGUGAAUAUAAUGGUUCUCAGUAUCCUGGAAGAAACUUUCUAACUGACAAUUCUAAUCUAACGAGUACAAAUAUAAUUCUGGUCAUAGUAAACUUUGUAACUUGUAACAGAGGCCAUAAUUUUACCAUCGGUAGUCGGUAGUCGGUAGUAUUUACCGUGACAUGAUCGUAAUUCAAAAAUUUCAGCUUUCUCCGCAGAUUCUUUAUAUUUAUUGCUAAUAUAUUACACGUCUAUGACGUUUCUAACGAUUCAGAAAAGCGCAUCUGACUCGUAAUGUUAAAUUGACAGAUAACAGCAGAGACGUAAGCGAAAGAUUUUAAUUAUGCAACGCUUAUUUGCAUGCUGGUCAGCUAUUUGCAUAAAUCAUAUCAUUGCGUGCAUAAGUAUCAGAGAAAAAUGUGGUAAAAUGAAAUGUCGGCAUCCCGCUCGAGUUCGAAUUUUUAGUAGAUUGUUUAUCCACCAGCCGGCCGGCAGAGCUGCGCGUAUCUCGUUGGUCCACGUGGUAAUGCGCAGAUAUGUUAGAAACUUCUGGUUUAUUUCCAAAACAGUUUCACCUAGAAGAUGGCCGUGUACGAUUCGGGAAGAAAGAAUUGGGAGGAUUUGGAUGUUACUAAAGAGGAAUUAGACACUUUAACAGAUUGCUUGAAGAAAGAAGAAUUCCGUAAACUAUUAUUCGAAUACGCCGAGGAGGUGACCAACCCAGAAAACAAGAAAUUGUACGAAAAAGAAAUAACCCAAUUGGAGAAGGAACGAGGCGUCGAUGUCACGUUCAUUAACCCUGAGCCGGGUUACGUAAUAAAGACCAGUGUUGACGGAAGCAAAAAGUGUUUUGUCAAUAUAAGUAAAAGUUCAACGGUUGAAAAACCCACUUGCCAUCCCACCUACGAGGGCGGCAACAAAGGUUUACAGUGGUCAAUUCCUUACACUCUAGCACCUCCAAGAGAUGACCUUGAUAAAAAAAAAACUCGCUGCAUAGUGUUUGAUGUGGUAUUUCACCCCGACACAAUCCACCUUGCCACCAGGAACUCGAAAUUUCGAGAUACUGUUAACCAAACAGCCUUGGAUGGUGUCGAGAAUAAUUUCAAGGUGAAACUUGACCGCAAAAACAUCAAGUUCCCAAAGCUCGGUUUCAAGGGUGUAAGUCAGCCUACAGUUAUCCGGAAAACAUGCGAAAAACCGCGUACAGAAUCGGAAACUCCUCUAGAUUUAGAGCCAGAGAUUUACCAGAAACUCAUGACCAGCUAUGAUGAUAGCAGGGCUCAACACCUGAGACACAAAUGUGAGAAACCUCAGAGACCAGCACCUCCAACUAAGUUCUACAAGGACAAGCCAAAAUUAGAGAACGAAAAGUCUGCAUACACUACCCCAAAGUUUUGCAUAAAACACCAAAAUGACGUGGAGAUAGAAGACUUUCAAAACCACAAAAAUGCAAAGCUGCAUACUGCCAUUCCCAAGAAGCUUGUAGUCGUUAUUGACCUGCCUUUACUUAAAACUGCAAACGAUGCUUCUCUCGAUGUCCAGGAACGCCUUGUUCUUCUCAAGAGUGAAAAGCCAGCUAAAUAUGACCUCCAACUUCCCUUGCCCUACAAUGUCGAUCCUGAUAGCGGUAAUGCUAAAUUUGACCCCAAGACUAAAAAGCUGACAAUUACUCUGCCGGUCAUCAGGGGAGUCAUACCUCUAGGUGACCUCAACAAGGAGGAUAGUGGUGUUGACAGCGAUCAUGGCAGUCCGUCGGCUGGAUCCGCGGAUGAAGCUGAAGCUAGCUCCAAAAAAUCUCUUGUCGAGUUAAUCGAUGACAAGAAAAGUGCUGUUAGUGAAGUUGAAGAUACGGCGUUAAGAACUAAAACAGAAAUUCCAUUCGAAAACAUGCCUUUUAUGAACCCUAACAUUAAAUAUUCUAUUCCUGCCUUUACCUGUAAUUUAUAUGAUAAGAUCAUCGCUUUUACUAUUCAUCUUAAGAAUGUUGAUCCUGCGUCUAUACAGCACAGAACUUUGGAACAGAAUUGUGGAGUGCAUCUAAUUCUCACUUCUGUUGGCGCUGGAUUUUUCCCUGUGUAUUAUUCCCUGUGCUUUAAGACUCCUUCAGGGGAAUCAAUCAAGCCAGAAUCUCUGACUAUUGAACCUUGGGACAACAAUGUCAUCCUUACAGUUGCUGUAGAUAGCAGUAAAGAGCUCACCCAAUAUUAUGUUGGAAUCGAUGAGGAAUUCAUGGAGCUCAAAAACCUGCCCACUGCAGUAUCGAUCACGAAUAAACUUAAAGAACUUAUGAUCCAACCGCAGUCUGAAACCGAGAAAAAAGUUGAAGUUGUUGCAGAAGGGGAUGAUAUGGUGAUAAACAUAACACCGACUCAUUUGGAUUCAGAUGACGAAGUUGAGCAAGAAGAUACAGACUCUUCGCGUUGCGACGAUCGUAGAUCGAUUUCAGAAAGUAGUGGGGAUGAAUUGAAUCAUACCCGGGGUACUCCAAGCAGAUCUAAGGGCAUAUUAAAAUCGCGUCGUAAUUAUCUUGGGGCACGUUCCUUUUCAGAAUCAAGCGUAGACGAUAGUUCUAUGCUUGCUUCUUCCAUAGACUUCCAUUCCGACUCAAUUCCAGAAAUAAAUUCCGAGUCCGGGGGUUCGAGCUUAAAAAAGACUGUACGUUUCAACAACGUUGUCGCUCGGCAACUGUACAGAUCCAACUCUAGUAUCCUAGGACAACGGAAGAAGAAUCAGCGUAAAUUACGGAAUAAAAAGCGAGCUCACGAUCGGCGAACAAGCGAAAGUGAAAAUUCCGAAACCGACGAGCGGGAUAAGUACAAAAUUAGGCAUAAAAAUGAAUCGAAUGAAAUUGAUACCCACGAGACCGUGAAGCCUAUAUUAAAUAGCGAAAAAUCAAUGAUACAAAAUAAAUCUGAGCACAUUGAUAUCGAUAAUAAAAAUAAGCACAACUCGCAUACGAGUAAAGAAAACGAUGACCGUGUAGACAAAACUUCUUGGGAUAACGAUCACGAAAACGAAGCUAACAUCGUUAAAGAAGUUUUCAAAAAUGAUUUGAUUUUUGAUUUAGAUAUUUGAAUGUAUUCGGUAUUAUUUUAAUUUCCGAUUUAUUAUCCUAUAAUAUACCCAACGCAAUUAUGUGAUAACUCGUUCUGAUGAUUCUUGAAUAACUAAAUGGCGUUAUGAUUAUUUUUCAGAACGGUUACAAUUAUAGAAACUAUACUUUAGUUACAUUAGGUAAUAUCUCAAAGUAGCUUUAAUAAUCAAACACGAAUUUAGAGGGAAGAAUACGGUUUACGAUAUCUGUGUUGAUGCAACAAUCAAUACUUCUAGUUAAACACCACGAUGACGGUCUACUUAAUUCCGAAAAUUGUACAAAUCAUGAAUUGCAAAUAGAUAAUAUAAAAAUUUUUUACGUAUAGCUAAUCGCGGAUGAACAACCAACGUACCUGUUUAUAUCGUACGCAGGAUUGUAUUGAAAAAGAAAAGAAAAAUCAAUAUCAAAUAAAACACGAAAAAUUGCACAUACUCGUAGCUCACUAACAGACUGUUAGGCUAGGUGUUAGAUUUGUUGAAAGAAUUUAAAUACAAAAUAAAAAAGAUUGAAUAAAAAAUUAUACACAUAUAAUAGGUAAAAUACAAUGAAUCUAAUGAUAAUAUUUUAUAGGGUGAAAAAAAAAUUUUAAUAGUUUAUUGGGUUUUUACACGAAUUUUACACUACUGCAUGUUGUACGGGUGGGGAAAAAGAGAACAAACAAACAAAAAGAGAAAAGAAAAAAAAAUCUAUCAAUUUUUUUAUUAAAAUAUAUAAUCAAAUUAUUGCCGAUAACAGACUUUAUUAAAAUAAAGUUAUCCGCAAGUCGACAAUAUGACAAUUAUUGGAACGAAGGGAUUAAUCUUGAGAGGAACCGUUUACCACCUUUGCUCAAUGGACAAUUUAUGGUCUUCUACUUGGCGACAUAUCGACUGUUAACUUUGUAACCGUAUUCAACCUUACGUAGUACGAAACAGAGGUGAUAGAUUCUCGAUUAUGCUAAUGCGAGAUUUUAUUUAAUUCACGUACUUUUAAUGCGGGCACGGAAUUAAGGAAAUCACACAUUGAACGUAUUAUACAUUUAUAUGCAUUGUCUAGAGAGAAAUGAUAGCCUUGAUUCGAAAGAAUAUUUGCUAAUGUAAUGAUGCAUGACAUGGAAUUACUAAUAAAGAUGAAAAUUGAUGUUAAA